AUGAUGAACGCAUCAGAUAUCAGCAAGAAGAGGAAAUCGGUACCAGCAAUGAGGGUGCCAAUUAGGAGCAGCAUGGCACCAUCUGAAGAUGUUGAUAAUUUUGCUACUGGGAGGAUGGUCUCAGCGAGACAUCCAGCCAUGGCUCGUCAGACAACUCUUCAAAGUCCUACAACUCUGAGGCUAGACAUGAGUCACAUGAUUCGUAGCAUGUCGAGUUCCAGCUGGCAGGAGAGGAUCAAUGCCCUCCUCACGCUCAUCGACUUCUUCCACAGUCACAAGUACCUCAGCCAACAAGAGCUUAAGCAAGUCUUGAACACAUUCACACGCUUCUUCUUUGAAGUUAACAGCAAGGUUUUCUCAGUCUUCUUAGAUGCUCUUGCAAACCUCUUGUCUGCUCACAAAACUGAUAUUGAGUGUUUACUGCACUGGACUAACCUCACGUCAAAUAAUAACCGAACUGCGAUUGUGCAACUGCAAGCAGAGUGCUUCAAAAGUGCAGUUCCAAAUGGUUGCGGGUUGCUAGCGAUGUCCGGUUGCAUGAUUGGACUUCAAGUUGGCGGUAACUGGCUGAAUAAAUGUCUGCCUCAACUUUUGAGCAAACUUUCAAGCGAAUUAUCUCCUUCCAUUCUAGAAAAAAUACACAAAUGUCUUGAUCUGAUCAGGGUACUGCUGCCUGGAGAGCAGCAAUUUGCGGUGCUAACAAAGUACAUUGUCGACCAGUCUCAGAUGCUGAGUAUCAAGAACAAACAGGCCCUACUUAAUUACAUGCAAGAGUUGAUACUGACCAUGACCUCAGAUGACCUGAUGAACACGAGUGACAUGAGACUCGCCAUCACUCGCAUCAUUACUUGGUCCACUGAACCAAAAAGUCCGGAAGUUCGGAAGAAGAUCAUUAUCAACGCCACCAAGCAAAAGCAGCAAACCUUUUUAUCUCCAUCUCUGUUGAAAGCUUCAGACAGUGAAAACAUCAAUCCACGCAUGACGGGGAGCAGUAACCACAACAGCCACAACAACGCUUUGACGUCAGCAGCAGUAGCAGCAUCAGCAACAACAUCCGACAACCUUUCGCCUUAUCUCCACGAACACUCCAGCAACACGUUGCAACAACAUCUCAACAGCAAAACUCUUCCACGCUGCAGUGAUCCUGGAGAUAGUUUAGAUGUCGCACCUCCCAAUUUGUACGACAUCACCUCUGCUAGCCUGCUCAUCAAUGAUAGAGAUGAUGAUGUACAGUUUCACGUCUUCGUGUCUGAAGCUACGUCUUAUAUUACCAUUGCCAUUGAGAAAAUUGACCAGUAUAGGGAGUUGAAGUUGAUGCACCUGGUGAACAUCGCACGCGACCGAGACAACAUGGAGGUCUGGCAGCACCAUUUCAAAACCAUCCUCAUGCUCCUACUUGACAUCAUCUCCGAUUCUAAUACUGACCUUCGAUGCCUGUCGAUGAGUGUUGUGAAAGAGUUGAGUGAACACCAUGCUGACAUGAUGCUGCAACAUGCUGAACUUGUUCUUAGUAAGCUGGUGGAGGCCAAGAAAGAUGAGAACAUACCGGUUGGUCGAUUGGUGUCAGUGACAGCAGAUGAAGCCAUAAUGGCGCUGCUGUCAUCACUGCCGAUAACAACCAGUCUGUCUUUGCUGGAUCCCUACAUGAAAGAUGCUGCCGUUAAGACCCGCUAUAUGGCAUAUAACCUUCAGAACAGUUUGCUGAGCAACCUCAAUGACAAGCAGGCCAUCAGCGGCCUCCUUCCCACCGUGGUGCCCCUGCUUCUCAGGGGCUAUGAAGACUCGAUGAGUGCAGUGCGGAAGGAGAGCGUAUACACUCUGGUGACCAUCUACUUGAAGGUUGGUGACCAGUUGAAAUCAUUCCUCAAGGACCUCCCCGUCAGCAAGAUGAAGUUAUUGAACCUCUACAUCAAGAGGGCAUUGGUGGAGAAGGACACUGACCCCAACAGUUCCCACCAUCAUCACCACGGUCAUCAUCAUCAUCACGGCAUUAACUUCAGUGGUGCUGGUAGUAGUAGUGAUAACACGCCACAACAACAUCGAUCACCUAAGCCUGCCACGCCUGACGUCAUCGCCUGAUGGUGAUGAUGAUGAUGAUAAACUGACAGUGGUGGGGAUGAUGAUGAUGAUGGCGGUCUGUGUUGUAGUGGUUGUUCAGUGGUGCUUAUGAGGCUGCAUUGCCGAUGAUAAUGAUGAUGAUGAUGAUGAUGUUUGAAGUGGUGAUGAUGCUAGCAGCGGUAGUAGUAAUGAUGAUUUUCUUCGAAAUGUUGAUAACGAUGUUGAUUGCAGUGGCCAGUAUGAUACUAAAGCUUG